GCUUUUGACUACUUUGCAGCUGCGUGAAUACCCUUCUAUGCAUUCUUGGGUGGCUUUGUCUACUUCAUAUUUCAAUUCUCUUCGAGUAAUGUAAUGUCUUUUCCAUCAUUGCUGGUCAUUCUGUUUUGGGGCGCUGGUCGACUUGCGUCUGUUCGUUUCCUGUGUCAAUUUUGCUUUAACAUAGUGGAUACCUACGAUAUAAACCGAUCUAUAUCUAUGACCUGUGUGACUUUGUGGGUCACCAAGAAAAAUCCCUGUUGUGGUGCUCGCGUGCAUUUACUUUGCCGUGUCUCCAUUGAGAUCUUGCAUGCCGUUUAUGCAUCUCUUUUAUGUUACUUAAUGGAAUUGCGAAGCCCACUAAUGGCUUUUUUGCAUAAUUGCAACAGACCCUUGAUAUUUGCCAAACAAAUAAAUCAAUAUAUCAUGUUUAUGCCUUAAAACACACCUUCCGUCUGCUCAAGAUGACCCAUGACUGCAAGUGCCCUGAACGGUCGAUGAUCUGCUUACGCAUAGAACAAAUUUUCGCUACAGGACAAGCAGAUAGCCAUCCUCUACAUGGAGGUCACCGGUCGUCACCUCAAGACUCCAUACAUCUCGCGGUCA